AUGUCUCCCACAUCCUCUCGUACCUUUUCCACGCCCUCGAGCGAUCCGCCCAAGCACGAAAUGCAGCACUUCCCCGACAUGCUCUCGGCGCUGCCCUCACAAUCGGGGGAAUUCCGCCGCGUGCUGUGGACAGGCCUGUACUCGCAGCUCGUGCUCAUGACGAUUCCCGUCGGCGGCGACAUUGGCGAGGAAAUACACACGGUGGACCAGAUCCUGACCUUCACCUCGGGGACGGCGCUGGCGCAGGUCGGCGGAGCGGAAAAGGACGUCAAGGCCGGCGACCUGGUCGUCGUGCCCGCGGGCACCAAGCACCAGUUUAUCAAUACCGGACCCACGCCGCUCCUGCUGUAUACCGUCUACAGCCCCGCCGAGCACAAGCCUACUUCGGUGCACGAGACCAAGGAGCAAGGGGACCAGGAGGAGGAAGACGGUAUUGAUGUUGCGCCCGAUUGGAGUCAAAGGAGUAAGGCGCAGAAUGAAAAGGAGGGUUGGGUCAAGGCAGAGGAAUAG